GCUCUUGGGACUAGGAAGAGCUUUCCGGAGCGGGCUGAUGGGAAGCCAGAAGUCUUUGAGCUGAGAUCCCUCUGCCUUCCAGAAGCCCGCUCUGUGCUUGCAGAUCCCAGGAUUGAGAGAGAAUGGCUCCUGGGAGCAGUAGACCCCCAGUCCAGGAGUCAGUGACAUUCAAGGAUGUGACUGUGGACUUCACUCAGGAAGAGUGGGGGCUCUUGGACCCCCCUCAGAAGGAGCUGUACAAGGAGGUCAUGCUGGAGAAUGCCUGGAACCUGCUCUCCCUGGGGCUUCCUGUUCCCAGAGAAGAUGUGAUCUCUUAUUUUGAGCAAAGGGAAACACGGUGGAUGCUGGAGCAAGAAGGCCUGAGGCGCUGCUGUGCAGGAGAUAACAGACUUAAAAUAAAAGAGACUUCUGCAGAGAUAGGCCUUUCUUUGGAACAAACUCACCAGCAAAGAUGCAUAAAUAGUAAUCCCUCUGAUUUUGAUAGGAGAGAAAUCUCUGCUGCAAUGCAUCAGAGAAUUCACACUGCAGAGAAACACUUUGAAUGUAAUCAAUGUGGAAAGACUUUCACAGGGAGGUCACAUCUUGUUAGACAUCAGAGAAUCCACACUGGAGAGAAACCUUUUGAAUGUAACCAAUGUGGAAAGACUUUCACAUCAAGGUGGUAUCUCAUUAUCCAUCAGAGAAUCCACACUGGAGAGAAACCUUUUGAAUGUAAUCAAUGUGGAAAGACUUUCACAUCUAGGUCCCAUCUUUUUAAUCAUUGGAGAAUCCACACUGGAGAGAAACCUUUUGAAUGUAGUCAAUGUGGAAAGAAUUUCACCUCCAGGUCAUAUCUUGUUAUCCAUCAGAAAAUCCACACUGGAGAGAAACCUUUUGAAUGUAACCAAUGUGGAAAGACUUUCACAUCAAGGUGGUAUCUCAUUAUCCAUCAGAGAAUCCACACUGGAGAGAAACCUUUUGAAUGUAAUCAAUGUGGAAAGACUUUCAUAUCAAGGUACCAGCUUUUUAAUCAUUGGAGAAUCCACACUGGAGAGAAACCUUUUGAAUGUAGUCAGUGUGGAAAGAAUUUCACCUCCAGGUCAUAUCUUGUUAUCCAUCAGAGAAUCCACACUGGAGAGAAACCUUUUGAAUGUAAACUAUGUGGAAGGACUUUCACAUCGAAGGCAUCUCUUGUUAAACAUCAGAGAAUCCACACUGGAGGGAAACCUUUUGAAUGUAACCAAUGUGGAAAGACUUUCACCAGGAGGUCAACCCUUGUUAUCCAUCAGAGAAUCCACAAUGGAGAGAAACCUUUUGAAUGUAAUCAAUGUGGAAAGAAUUUCACAUCAAGGUCAACUCUUGUUAUCCAUCAGAGAAUCCACAAUGGAGAGAAACCUUUUGAAUGUAAUCAUUGUGAAAAGACUUUCACAUCAAGGUCAACUCUUGUUAUUCAUCAGAGAAUCCACAGUGGAGAGAAACCUUUUGAAUGUAAUCAUUGUGGAAAGACUUUCACACAGAGGUCAACUCUUGUUAUCCAUCAGAGAAUCCACACUGGAGAGAAACCUGUUGAAUGUAAUCAAUGUGGAAAGACUUUCCCAUUGAGGUCCCAUCUUGUUACCCAUCAGAGAAUCCACACUGAAGACAAAUCUUUUGAAUGUAAUCAAUGUGGAAAGACUUUCACACGGAGGUCAACUCUUGUUAUCCAUCAGAGAAUCCACACUGGAGAGAGAGCAUUUGAAUGUAAUCGAUGUGGAAAGGCUUUCACCCAGAGGUCAAAUCUUGUUAGACAUCAGAGAAUCCACACUGGAGAGAAACCUUUUGAAUGUAAUCUGUGUGCAAAGACUUUCACAUGGAGGUCUGAUCUUGUUAUCCAUCAGAGAAUUCACACUGGAGAGAAACCUUUUCAAUGUAAUCAAUGUGGAAAGACUUUCACACAGAGGUCAACUCUUGUUAUCCAUCAGAGAAUCCACACUGGAGAGAAACCUUUUGAAUGUAAUCUGUGUGCAAAGACUUUCACAUUGAGGUCUGAUCUUUGUAUUCAUCAGAGAAUCCACACUGGAGAGAAACCUUUUGAAUGUAAUCAAUGUGGAAAGACUUUCACAAGUAGGUCAGCUCUUGGUAAACAUCAGAGAAUCCACACUGGAGAGAAACCUUUUGAAUGUAAUCAAUGUAGAAAGACUUUCAAAAUGAGGUCAUCUCUUGUUAGACAUCAGAGAAUCCACACUGGAGAGAAAACAUUUGAGUGUAAUCAAUGUGGAAAGAUUUUCACACAGAGGUCACAUCUUGUUAGACAUCAGAGAAUCCACACUGGAGAGAAACCUUAUGAAUGUAGUCACUGUGGAAAGACUUUCACAUGGAGGUCAGCUCUUAUUAAACAUCAGGGAAUCCACAGUGGAGAGAAACCUUUUGAAUGUCAACAAUGUGGAAAGACUUUCAAAUGGAGGUCCCAUCUUGUUGGUCAUCAGAGAAUUCACACUGGAGAGAAACCUUUUGGAUGUAAUCAGUGUGGAAAGACUUUCACAUUCAGGGUCAAUCUUGUUAUCCAUCAGAGAAUCCACACUGGAGAGAAACCUUUUGGAUGUAAUCAGUGUGGAAAGAGUUUCCCAUUGAGGUCAACUCUUGUUACUCAUCAGAGAAUCCACACUGGAGAGAAACCUUAUGAAUGUAGUCACUGUGGUAAAGCCUUCAUUGUAAAGUCAGCCCUUGUUUCUCAUCAGAGCAUUCAUAGGAAAUAGGAAUCUUAUAUAACUGACAUGAAUGAGGAAAGGUCUUGAAAUGGAGUACAGAGCUUCUUGGACCACACAAAAUUCACUCUGGUUAUAAGACAUCUAUGGACUCAGUGUGAGAAGCCUUUCAGCCAGAGAUCAUCUCUUAUGUACUCAUUAGAGGAUUCACCCUACAAAGAAGCCUUAUGGGGCAGCUAGGUGGCACAGUGGAUAAAUGACUGGCCUUGGAUUCAGGAGGACCUGAGUUCAAAUCCAUCCUCAGACACUUGACACUUAACUAGCUGUGUGACCCUGGGCAAGUCACUUAACCCUCAUUGCCCUACAAAAACAAAGGAAAAAAAAAAACAAAGAAGCCUUAUGCAUGUGCUCAUCUGGGAUAUGCUUUUUUUCUGGAACAUUGAGGUUGCUGGUAAAGGUCAAAUUUUUUCCUGAUUGUAAAGAAAAGGUGAAAUGAAAGAAAAUAAUGCAUGCCAGUCCUCCAGUUUACAAAACAAAUAAACAAAAAAGGAGGCAAUAGGGUCAUGAACUGCAGGAUUGUGUGAAAAAAGACAUCUGGAUAAUCUCAGAAAUAGAAUGUCUUCAGAAUGAGGGAAAGGAUUUGUGUCAAUGUUAUGUCAACUGGGGAAGAAUGUUUGAUGAAGGGAAGACAUCAGCAUGAUUUGGCCUCAGGUAUAAAAAUUGGAGUAAUGUAGAUCAGUUUGCUUUCUGCCAAUGGAAUAUAAAUAUAUCUGUGUGACCUUGUGUCUCUGUAUAUAUGUUGUAUUGUUUGUUUUUACAGAAGGUGAGAGUAGACCUGCAAUGAGAGAGCCUACUGCAAAGCUAAGCAUUUCUGUGAAAGAAUCUCCCUAGCAAAGGUUCAUGGGAGAUGGUCCCUGUGAGUUCACUGGGAGAAAAAUCUGUAUUGUCCUUCACAGAAUCUUUUUUUUUUUUUUAGUUAGGCG